AUGAUGAACGAAUGGAAUGAUAUCCAAUCAAAUACUUGUUUAUUAGGUGUUGAUAUCGAAAAUGGUAGUAAUUCGAAAGAGGUAUGGACAGUACGUCCACUACAAAGCGGUGAUCUGGAAGAAUUAAAGGAAAUCUGUCAUGAAUCGUUUCCUAUAGAAUAUCCAAAUUCAUGGUACCAAGAAGUACUUAAUGGAAAGUUGAUAAGUUUCGGAAUUUCACAUAAUGACAAAUUAGUUGCUCUACUUGUUGCCGAAAUUAAACCAAUUAGUCAUUGUAACACUGAGGACAGAGAUCUAUUAACGAAUGAUGGUUUACCAGUGGUAUAUAUUCUAAGCUUAGCUGUUCGUCAGAAAUAUCAGCGUCAAGGUUUGGCUACUCGUCUACUCAAUCAUUUAUUUGCUACAGUUAUUAAUCGUCCGCCUUAUCCAAGAGCCAUCUACCUCCAUGUUCUUUCAACGAACAGUGUCGCCAUUAAAUUCUAUCAUAAAAAUGGAUUUAGUCAUCAUGCUACGUUAAUGAAUUAUUACCGAAUAAACAAUGUAUAUCGAGAUGGAAUGACUUAUGUAUUGUAUACAAACGGGUCACAUGCACCAUGGUCGAUAUAUGAGCUGUGCAAUUUAAUAGCUGCAGUACUAUGUUUUCCAUUUAGAUACAUUUUUAAAUUGAGGUGUUUUUUCCGCUAA